UGUGUCACUGAGCGUAGGUUGCUAUAAACAACGUAAUGUGGAUUGAUUGUCAUUGAUGUGUGAUAUCAUUUUAAUUGAAAGUACUUUAUGAACCAUUACGACAAUUUAUCAUUUAUAAGCAGCAUUAUCAGUGAAGCUUGUAUUAAAUAAGAGGAAAGUAUAUCAAAUACAGUUGACAGGAGUAAUUAUUGAGUAAUAUCUUUUGUAAGUAGAAUGUUGCCAAGGUGUUCUGAAUAUUUACCUUAUAUUAAUAUUUGCAUAUAUUUGUUAAGUAGAGAUUGAAAAUUGAAGAUGCAUAUGUAUUUUGUAUUUGUAAUAAUGAAUACAAAUUGAAUAGAAAUAUUCUCUUGGAUCUUGGACAUAGUGUGUAAAGUUAUUUAUUGUUAUAUAAAUGAAAGCUAAUGAGAUAUAAAUCAAACACUAAAGAUUUUGAAUAUGUGAGGCUCAAUUAUCUAAUCCAGAAGUCCAUAUAAUUUUCAGCAGAGAAACCUAGUGUUUUAUAUAAAAAAAAAGGUAUGCAUCAUCAAUAAGCAUUUUAAGAUAUUCAUAAGGGGAAUAUCAUUAGGAAUGGAGCUACCCUUCCUCCUUUUGGGAUUUACAUUAACUCCCAAAAGUUCUUCUGUCUGUUAGCAUGACUAAGAUGAAUUCAGGUAAAAGGGCAAGCUCUGCAAAAAACAGUAGAAGGAGACGCUGGGAAGUAAAGUCCAAGGAAUCCUUUGAGACUUCACUUGCUGUUGAAUUUGAAUCCCCCGAGAAGAGUCAGAAGAGUGAGACAGAGGAAAACACUGGUUCAACAAGCAGUUUGUCCAAUGAUAAAGAAGAGGCUACCAAUGCAACUUCAAAAUCUCGCAAAUCUACACGUUCAAAGUCCGCAACCCCAAGCAAAGUCAUAGAAGAGGAAAAUGAAGAUGAUCUGUCAGCUAGGAUUGCUGCUCUGAUAGAAGAAGCUAGUAUUAAAUCUAAAGACUCUCCAAAGGCACGUAAAGAAGGAAAUAAUGAGCCAAGUACCAAGGAAAAGCACAAAGAACCUAGAACUCCAGUAAAACCAGAAUCUAAGGAAAAUCCAGAGUUAAUUCUUGUAGCUAAAAAUGACAAAAACAUGAUGUUUCCAAAUGCCUUUGAUACCCCAGUAAAGCAUCAUACCAUAGAACAAGAAAGUUUUACACCCACAGCACCCCCAUAUUCACCAGGAGGGGAAGUAGAAGAAAUUCCAAGGAAAAAGAAGCAGAAAAAGAAGAGUGACUCCAGCAGGCUCAUGCUAGUCAGUAGCAAGAAUGAAGAGUCAGUGAUAAGCGUCCAGCUUAGAGAUUUGGGUGAAGAUGUAGUUGAAGUGAGCAGAGAGUAUCAGGACCCAGUAGUUGCAAUGCCAAGUCUUCUUCUGGCUCCUUCUACUUCAAGUCCAGGCCAAAACAACAUAAGCACUAUCUUUCAUGAGCAGCUUAAUGGGUUUGUUAUCACUAAGAAUAAUGGUAAUGGGAGGCAGAGGCUGAGUGAGAGUCUUCAUGAUGUUAAUCAGAGUCAGACAAGGGGCUCUCAUGCACUCUUCUUGCAAAAUGGUUUCCGAUCAUUUUGUGUUCUAUGCCAGGGAUUGCUAGCUGGAAUAACACUUGCACACUGUCUCUUGAUUUUUCUUUUUAAUGUGGAACCCAUGAACCUGCCCAAAGUCUACACACCCAGGAUGGCACAUGUCUUCUAUUCUUUGAUAAUUUUCCUGUCAACAAUAUGCUUUGUGGCUGCUUGUGACAGGUGUGAUCUUCGAGGAACUGGAGUGUUUUCUGGUCAUGGCAUUAGAGUACCCUGGACACCUGGGUUUUACCUUGCAUCUUUGGUUCUGUCACUAGUUGCUAUAAGGGCUGAAGAUGCACUAACUCACUACCAUCUUUAUAAGGAUGAAGCACUUCAGAAAGAGCAGAUUGGAGAUCUCAUUGAUUGGUGGAGAUGGAUGUGCAUUACUCGGUCUUUGCUAGCUGUUUUGGCCUGGCUAGCUGUGGUGCCAGAUCCCCACACUGAUGCUCUUCUUGAUUAUUUGAAACUUCUCCAGCAGUGAUAUUGGCAUGUGUGAUGUAAAGACCAAAAUAUAUUUCUAGUAAUGACUGUGAUAGCUCAGGUUCUUUGAAACCUGUAUAUACUAUGUCAGGUCCAAAUUUGGUGCAUUGAUGCAUUAUUUAUGCGUUUCAUUUUACUUCUAUGAUGUUCUGGAUAUUAAGUGAACAGGAGUGAUCUGAUAAUCAAGCUAGCAUGGUACAUGACAUGUACAGAGAUUCUAAAUAAUCCUGUAGAAGUUAAGUGAACAACUGAAGUAUAUUU